AUGGCGGAAAUCAUCUCUGAAGAUCUAAAGAUUGUUUUUUGGAAUUGUCGUAGCAUCAGAGCAAGAAUAGAAGAAAUCCCCAAGAUUCUACAAAAGAUCGACAUUUUAGUGUGCGUUGAAUCGUGGUUAAAUGAUCAAGACAAAGGUUUACAUUUUCCCAGUUUUAAAACUAUAAGGAUAGACCGCAUGCACAAAAAAGGCGGUGGCAUCGUAAUUUUUAUCACAAAUAAUUUAGUUUAUGUCCAGAUCCAUAACUUAGUCUCUCCCAGUCAAGCGUUCGAACUACUAGCCUUUGAAAUCACUAAUAUUACUCCUAAAAUCGUUUGUCAUACUUAUUACAGAGCCCCGGGUUCCGAUCAUACGCAGAAUGAGUGGAACACAAUUUUUAAUAACAUUAAUCCUAACCAAAAAACGAUUGUGAUGGGAGAUUUCAAUGCUCACCAUACCUUUUGGAAUUGUGGCGACAGUGAUAACAAUGGUGAAUGUCUUUUUUUAGCUCAUACCAAUUCCGACACAUUUCUGCAUAACUUCGACUCUCACACUUAUAUUCGCAAUAACUCUAACUAUUUUUCCAAUCUUGACUUAAUCUUCUCAUCAAAUAAUGUUGCUGAUAAAAUCAAUGUCUUAGUAAACGACGAAACUUGGGGCUCCGACCAUUUCCCGAUAUUCAUCGACGUUCACAUUAAUAAAAAUACAUAUCGCAAAAAAACAUUUAACGUAAAAUCAACUCGCACUGACUGGGCUAAAGUUACUAGCUACCUUGAUAACAACUACGUUCAUUUUCUUAGUUACGAUUUUGUAAAUGCCGAACCAAAUUACAAAUACUCUACUUUCACUGACGUAGUAGCCAACGCUAUUAAGACAAACACUCCGGUAAAGAGAGUCGUGAAUAACAAAGUCCAUAGGAACCCUGUGUCCUGGUGGGAUUAUGAUUGCGACAAAGUCAUAAGACUACGAAGAGCUGCCUUCAAAAAAUGGCGUUUCUCCAAAAAUCAGCUAGACUUUUUUGAAUACAAAAAAGCCUCUGCUCUGGCCCGUAAGACGUUUAAGACAAAAAAAAGAGCCAAUUUUCGAAAUUUUGCUGAAUCGCUCAACUUCAGCGUUAAUCAAACAUACGUCUGGAAUAAAUCUAAACUUUUGAAAAAUAAAUGGAUCAAAAUCACUCCCAAUAGCUCCCACGAAAACCACCAGAACUUCAGACUUAUUAAUGACUGUUUAGACCGCAUCAGCCCUAGCUGGUGUGCAAACGAUCCCAACAAUUUGCCUAACUGCCAAUUGAACCCCUUACUCGAAUCUUUAUUCAAUUUUGCCGAAUUCAACGCCUCACUUAGCAAUAAAAACACUCGCUCCUCUUUCGGUGUGGACGGCCUCGACUACGAAGCCAUCCAACGACUUCCGCUCAAAUAUAAGCUUCUACUUGUCGACAUUUUCAACGACAUGUAUCAAGCUCCUUUCCCGAUGAGUGGAAAAAGUCUCACAUUCAUUUCAUCAACAAGCCUAACGGUAAAGGCGUUAGACCCAUUGCGCUUAGCUCCUGUCUCUGUAAAGUUUUCGAAACCAUGCUCAAAAAUAAAUUACAAUGGUGGGCUGAAACCAAUGAUAUACUCCCUAGCUUUCAAACAGGCUUUAGAAAAGGACAAUCCACCAUCGAUAAUUUAA